AAAGGAAGUUCUUUAUGAGCCAAGAACUGUUUUUUUCCAACCAAUAUGGCGUUAGCUUCGAUGGAUAAUCCACUGAACAAAAUCGGCCAACGUGGUAUCUAGGUAUGGUUGAGCAAACUAAAAUUGGCUUCAAAAGCUACUCAGGGAAUCUUGCUAACUGUAGCAAAGUUAGCACCAAAAUCUAACAAAGCGUUUAAAGAAUAAUAAACGCAUGACUAAAGUUAACAUUUUGUUGCAUUUUUUGGUAACGUUAUUCAUUCUAACGUUAGUUACGUUAUUAUCACCAUCACCUAGCUAGCUAACUGGCAGAGCGGUAGCUAGCCUAAUGUUAGCUGAGUUGAGUAUCGAGGGGUGGGUUUAUGGGUUGUGGAGGGUGGGGGAGUCUGAGACUGGUAACGUUAGUUUAAAUACUCACAAGGACCGAAGCAGAGAGGUCCAUCCCUGUAGGAGAUGGACCUGAACGUGGCAGUGAAUGUACCUGUGGGUGGCAUUGGGCGGCCAAACCUUUAUGAGCUGCUGGCAUGGCUCAAUGAGACUUUACAGACAGGCUUCACCAAGAUUGGGCAGGUAUGCACAGGUGCAGCCUAUUGCCAGCUGAUGGACUGGUUGUUUCCGCAGUCCCUGGACCUCUCCAGGGUCCGGUUCCAAAGCAACGACAUGGUGGACAUUAUUCACAACUACAGUUUACUACAAGCUGCAUUCAGGACAGUCGGAGUGUUGCGACACAUCCCCGUCAAGGAUUUGAUGGAGAGGAAAUCUGAUGUGGCCGUGACCUUCCUGCACUGGUUUAAGGCGUUCUUUGACAAGAACAACGCCAAGGGCAGGGAGUACCACGCCUUGGAGGCCAGAGGUGGACAGAGUAUGGUUCCUGCUGACUCAGAUGGGCAUUCCUCCCAGACCCCUCCUCAGAAACUGGAGAUAAUUGUGAAGGUAGAGGGCAAAGCCGUGGAAGAACCAAGAAAAGAAAAAGUUCCGGAGAGUUUGAAUACAAACAAAGAAAUGAUAAUGGUGAUAUCAGAUGAUGAUGACGAUGUAAUGGAAGUGACAGGUGGGAAGGUGGAGCAGGAAACAGAGAAAAUGGAGACAACCGUGAAAGAAAAGGCAGCGGAGAAGGUGAAGCAAGAAGAAGCAGCAGCAGUGGAAAAAGGAAAUGAAGGGACCAGUUCUACUUUGUUACAGUUUAUCAGAAGAUACUGUAAUAACAAUGUGGGCACACACUCCAAUACAAGUAAAGAGACUCAGAUUUCUGGCCCUUUAGGGUCUGCCUUCUUGAGUCCAACACACAAUAUAAACAUCAGUAAGGCCUGCUCCCACACGCCGUACUGCCUCUACCUGUAUGUGGGCGUAGAGCUGGGUGGAGGACAGAACACGAGUGUUGUCCUGGUUGGCUACAUGGACCAGAAGUCAGGGGUCAGUGUGGUGAAGCCGCUGCUCACUCUGCAGAUGAGUGUUGACCCUGUUGAUCCACAAACCCCAGCGGACGCUGACGCUGUCACAGACACACACGCUGCAGAUACAGACGCACAGCGUCUGAUUGAGACGCUGAAGAAACGGGGCUUUCCUUUGUCCAACAUUGUUGCAUUUUACUGUAACGCUGCACACCCGGGGGUGAGCCAGGUGUUUGUUUCUCGCUUUCAGGCUUUCAACUCUAGGUUAGUAUCACUUUGCGGUCUCCCUGGGAUGGCACGAAGAGCAUGCCAGGCCGGACUUUUGGCGUCCUUUGAUUGCGUGGUUGACCUGGUUAGAGACAUCCACUAUCACUACUACACCUGCCCCCAGGUCCUUAGGGGUCUUAAAGAGCUAUUUGCUGAUGCAGAGUCUUAUAACCCAUCCCAUCCUAUAUCUGCACAGUGUUUGUUUAUCAUCCAUGCUGUGCAAAAGAUGGCAAGCAGCUGGAGGUUUUUAGUGGAUUAUUACAAGUCACUAAAGAAAGCAGAGGAUGUUGACCAGAUCAGAAGCCGGCUGAUGGAUGCUAAGGUCAAACUGCGAUUCAUGUUUCUCGCCUCCAUUUUGGAUCCCCUCCGAGCUUUUCAAGAGUAUCAGCAGGGUGGCACAGCGCUCGUGCCUGUGGAGCUCCAGCUGGCCUCUAUGCUGGUUCACUCCUACGCAACGAGUCUUUUCCGACCCUCCAUCGCCAAGCGCUUUCUCAGAAAGCGAGAUCUGCAUCUCCUUCAAAAUACGACGGAGAUGCUCCCCGUAGCAGAGGUGCACGUGGGUGCUCCUGCCAGAGAAUUCAUGUGGGCCACCGCUGUCGUGGAUCUGGGGGAACAGGAGAGGUUGGACUUCCUGCAGGAUGCAGCGACUUUCUAUAAAGCAACGCUGCAGAGUUUAGCAGAGAGUCUGCCUGAGCAUCUUGGAGAUGUGACACUGAGGAAUAUCCACCAAGUGCUGAAGCAUUCUGACAAUAUCAAUUGUCCCAAAUUGUCCAGCCAAGCGCUGUCCGAGAUGUCUGUACAGCUGGGUCUGUUUUCCGCUGGGGCUUUAGGAAGACACCCCCUGGACCGCGACUACUCCAAUUUCAUAAAAACAGUAAAGCAGGAACAGCGUCAUUGCUGGGCAAAGAUGCUGUCUGCCAUUAGGCCCCACUCUGCCUUGCAUAGACUUUUCCUUGACAUCCUGGCUCUACCCAGCUCUCUUCACAGGACACAGGUGUUUGCUAAGUGUGUGAUCAUCAAGGUUGUUUGUACCAGUAAGGAAACCUCCAAAACAGGUUGGCCAGGAAUACCCCACAUAAAGACACCUGUCCAGGCAGACUAUGGUGGCGAUAAGAAAAUAGUGAAGAAAGAAGGGAUUUUAUCAGAGGAUGAUGAUGAUGAUGAUGAUGAUGAUGAUGUUGAAGCCAAACCCAGUCCUUCCAAACGCUGCAGCUCUAUGGAGGACUCCGACUACACAGACAAUUCUUCCGAUGUGGUUGAUGUCACCGAAGAUUCCAAAAAUUGCGUGAUCAACAGUCUAAUCAAAUCAAAAAAUGAGAGAACUCCGCAGGGACGGGUCAUCGAGGUCUCAGAUGAUGAUGAUGAUGAUGAUGACGAUGACGAAGUAAUUUUACCAAGCACACCAAACAACUCCACAGAACUGCUGGAUGUGAUGGGGGAGCUGGUCUGGGGUAAGCCAGAGGGCUUCUCUCCCUGGCCAGCCAUCAUCAUACCCUUGAGGGAAGAGAAUCCACAUCCAGAGAGCAGGAUGGUCGCGUGGUACGGUCAGAACAUGUCCUCUCAGGUCAGAUUGCAGGCUCUGAAACCGUUGGCUGCCUUCACCCAGCACUUCUGUUCCAACUCCUUCGCCAUCCUUGUUACCUACCGAGAAGCCAUCUUCUUGUGCUUGCAGGAGGCAGCUCUACGUUGUAAGAAGCAGUUUUCUGCAUGUGUUGAGGACCGAGAUGAGUUUCUGAAACAGAUGUUAGACUGGGCGUUUGGAGGCUUUCAACCCAGUGGGCCAGACGGCCUGAAACCAACAUCUGCCACAAACGGUGCUACCAAAACAAACAAAAGACCAAAAGUGAGGCAGAAACUCUUCCUGAAGACCAACUCCUCUCAUCCCCCUAUCCAAUCCUCCACCUUGAUGAGCAGCAAGAGCAACCUUGAACUGAAGGAAGUGUCGAUCUGUCUUAAAAGGUUGUCGUCUCAAAGAGUUGGCGGUGGAAAAACAUGGGAAGCAUGGGAAGAAGAAUGUGACUCUCCUAAAGGAACCACGAAGGGGAAGGGAUCCAGAGUAGGAUUUGCAGCAGAGAUGGGGAAACAAGAGAUGGAAGGAUGGGAGGGAGAGAGAGAUGACUGGGGAAGAGGGUGGGAGAAGGUCAAAGGAGUGGGGAAAGGAAAGCUUAAGGGAGGGAAGCUUCAAAAGAAGAAAAACAGUCUAUCUGAUGGAUUUGAGGAUGACAUGUCACCAGACUUUGUGCCGCAAAAGAGAAGGACCUACACCAAAUCUUACAAUAAGGUCCAACAGACGACCAGCAAUUACACCCAGCCGGACCAAAAACUCAGAGAAGAGACUAUUCGUAGGAUCAUGGACAUGAACCUGGACAUUGAAGGCUUCUGUUUGUGUUGUGGAACUGAAGACGUUGAGAUAUCACACCCUCUGUUUAAAGGAAGCCUCUGCUUGGAGUGUAAAAAUAACUUGACAGAAACUCUGUAUCGUUAUGAUGACGAUGGAUAUCAGUCCUACUGUACCAUCUGCUGCUAUGGACUGGAGGUCAUACUGUGUGGCAACGAUAGCUGCUGCAGAUGUUAUUGCACAGACUGUCUCAACAUCCUUGUUGGUCAGGGGACGUUUGAUGCCCUGAAGCUGCUGGACCCGUGGAUCUGCUACUUGUGUCAGCCUCAUCGCCCCCACGGUGCUCUGAUCCCCAGAGAGGACUGGAGCGUCCGUGUUCAGGACUUGUUUGCCAACAACAGCGCCAUGGAGUUUGAGCCUCACCGUGUUUAUCCGUCCAUCCCUGCAAACCAGCGCAGACCAAUCCGAGUUCUCUCACUGUUUGAUGGCAUAGCAACAGGCUACCUGGUGCUGAAGGAUCUCGGCUUUAAAGUAGAGAAAUAUGUUGCCUCGGAGAUUUGCGAGGAUUCGAUUGCUGUGGCGACUGUUGGCCACGAUGGGAAGAUCAUCCACGUUGGUGACGUCCGGUUCAUCACCGAGGAACACAUCGAGCAGUGGGGUCCGUUUGACCUGCUGAUCGGUGGCAGUCCCUGCAACGACCUCUCCAUUGUCAACCCACUCAGAAAAGGCCUCUAUGAGGGCACUGGCAGGCUGUUCUUUGAGUUCUAUCGCCUCCUUACGCUGUUGAAGCCCAAAGAGGAAGACCCCCGGCCGUUCUUCUGGCUGUUUGAGAACGUGGUCUUCAUGAACACUCACGACCGAGUCAACAUCUGCCGCUUCCUCGAGUGCAACCCGGUGCUGGUGGAUGCCGUCAAAGUCAGCCCUGCUCACAGACGGCGUUACUUCUGGGGAAACAUCCCGGGAAUGAGCAGGCCCAUUAUAGCAUCCCAGAAUGACAAGCUGGAUCUCCAGGACUGCUUGGAGAUCGGCAGAGAAGCCAGGGUCAACAAGGUGAGGACGAUAACCACCAAUCCAAACUCUCUGAAGCAGGGCAAAAGCUGUUCUCUGCUUCCAGUCUUCCACAACGGCAAGGGGGACAUCCUCUGGAUCACAGAACUGGAAAAGAUCUUUGGUUUCCCCAAACAUUACACCGACGUGAGGAACAUGAACCGGCAGCAGAGGCAGAAGGUGCUGGGGAAGGCGUGGAGUGUGCCGGUCAUCCGUCACCUUUUCGCUCCCCUCAAGGACUAUUUUGCCUGUGAGGAGCUGCCUCCUUUAACCAUGUCCUCCACCUCCUCCUCCUCCACCUCCCCGUCCUCCCCUGCCUCUCCAGAACUGCAGCAACUGAGAUAGGGGAGGUUGGGAAUAUUUGGGACGUGUGUUUGUGUGGAGGUUGUGUUUUUUUUAACAUCACACUUUGUAUGAGACCUCGGUGGAGCAGGAAUUAACUUUGCAGUCCAGCUCACAGACGGGCUGUUGUGGACCACUGCCACAGGGACAUUUUGUCAGCUAUGCACUCCAGUCUCUUGGAUCAUGUCACAUAUGCUGUUUGUCUGCACAGCCGACAGUCACGUUGGCCUCCAACUAUGCUCCAUCCUCCACAUGGUUCCAUGGGGAUUUCCUCCAGUCAUCAUCUAAACUAUUUGUUUGUAUCGUUAGUAUUUCACAAGAAUAUUCAUCACAUAUCCUCAGGUUAUAUAUGGGUCAAAAUAUUGCAUAUAUCCCUGAGAUUUUUAACCAUUUUUAAAUAAAUACAAAUAAUCUUUACAUGGUGAUUGUGAGAAGUCACAAACCACAACAUUUGUAAUUUUUUUUAAAGUGUAAAUCAUGUUAAACUGAGAGCUGCCUUGGUACUUUACUGUGUCGUCCUCAUCAUGCUUCCUGGAGAAAUGCCCAACUAGCAUUAUUUUGUAUUCAGAUAUUUGAGAAGAUGCAAGGUUUUUGUAGCGCGCUAUCAUAGGAAUCAGGAAUCUUUUUAUGCAUUUUUAAACUUUUUGUUUUUUUCAUCCUUUUGUUUUUUUAUUUGUAUCUUUGUUGUUUUACUGUGUGUGUGUGUGUUUGUGUGUCUUUCUGAUGGACACAAUAGUGUUUGUGGUGCUAAUAAAAUAAGAAAGGCCAUACAGGUGAUAACAGCUACAUGUAGCCUUAUAUUAAUCACCUGUAUUUACUUUAAAGAAACAGUGGAUGUUGUGACAUAUAUAGAGGCAUUAAACCUCAUUAAAUAUUAUUAUAUCAUUCAUUGUUUUCACGCAAAGGAAGAACCAAUCCACACACUAUCUUAUCCAUUUUCUGAUCAGCAGCUCAUUUGAUGUUAAAAGGUAUUGGUACAAGUUUCUUUUCUUCAUCAGGGGAACUAAAAUGAAAUGAUUAAAUGUCAAGUGAUACUUU